AACAAACAGCCUAGCCCAGAUGAGAAAAAGUAAUGCAACACAUUACUUUUCAUAAAAAGUAACUCAAUUAGUUACUUUUUUAGGAAGUAAAAUGCAAUAUUUUCCCCAACACUGAAAAUAAGUGCCGUAAGAAAAUGAAUUGGAAAAGUAUGAAAAAUGUGUGAAUACAGAGCAAGUUUUUUAGGACAAUCAGUAGUAGCCUCGGAUUUUCCAACGUUAUGGAAAUGAUUAAUGAUUUUCCUAGUACCAUGAAAUUCCCUCAAAAUACAAAAUAUUAAAGAAUUAAUAUUAUUAUAUUAUUUUCAUUUUUAAAAAUUAUGCUUUGAUUUCACUGCUGAGGAUUACAAGUGUGAAGCUGAAGUGAGAAAUGCCUGAUGGUUAAAAGUGUAAUAUAAAUGUAUUCCAAAAUGAUAACUGGAUGCUACUCCCUGAAUUAAUAUGCAAUGCGUUAAGGUCAUAUGACUACAACUACACAUUUGUGGAAUAAUGCAAAUUCAAUGGAAUAAUACAGUAUAUACUGCACAGUAUUCAGUAAGUACUAAGCUGGUAUUCUAUUCCGUUGACUAGAAGUUCAUAGAAUUGUUAUUGAAUUGUCUAGCUCACGGGAGGUGAGGAAGGACCUUUGGAAGACCAGUGAUCCAGCCUGGGGAUGUGAUGGGAAGAAAAUACUGAACACCCAACCCCCUUGCAUGAUUCAAUGCAAAUGUUGAGGAGACAGGAUGGUUUUCUCUUAAUUUUUCCUUUCUUUUCCUUUCUCAUUUUUUACAGAAAUUCCUUUUUUUAUUAUUUACCUAGAUUUUUAUAGCUUGUAGAGGAUAUACAAAAUGUUUCCGCAGAGUGGCAGCAUAGUUGAAAACAUGCAUUCCUUGAUCAAAGACUUAAAAAAAUCACCUAAACAAAAUGUAGAAACGAACAACAGAUGAAUCCCACAUUUGGAUAUCAUUACCACUUACAUGAAUUAACCAGUUUGGUUCCCAGUUCUAGGUUUAGAACGAAAAUGUCAAGAUGUGAUUGUCAUUACGGGUUUGAAAAACAGCAAACUGCCUUUACUGUGUGUCUUUGGCCUUGUUGACCAAGCUGUAGCGGAUUUACUUAAUGCUGGGCUCCAACAUAAAGAAAUAAAUGAACAAAUCCACUAAAUUGUCACAUUGCAUUUGUAUCAACUUUGUCUUCGUUGGACAUGUUGUCUUUACAUUAACUACUUUUGUUCUGUGGAUUUUUCCCUGGUUUGAAUCCACAAACCCUUUGGUCCAUUUUAGGACAACAGCGUAAUGACGCAGGAUGUGGGACACAACCUAGAAAUAGCCAUUCCUACUACUCCCGUGUAACCAUAAACAACUUUUGUGCGGAAGAAAAUGGACAGCAGUUUUAGGUCACUGAACAAGAGAAGACUGGGGUAAAAUGAGCCACAAGCGUGUCUCUACUCAACACUCCUCCCGGGUCCAGCUUCACUCAGAUCCACUAUAAUAUGAGGGGGAAAUGCCAACUUAAUAACAUGAAUGACCCGCCCCCCUGCGGCCUUUGUCCAAUGGGAUUUAACCUGAGGGGUCAGGACUGGUGAAUCCAAACAAUCAGACGUCUGAUACAGAGAGACAAAUUAAGAUGUGCUUCACUGCAUGCAGGCGCAGGUGGACCAGAGAGAUUUAACCGACAGAGAGAGAGAGGAAAACUCUCAACACCUUUACUUUCGACUGCUGAAUUUAUUUUUUUAUGCUGUAGACGUCAACAGCAGCUAAGAACUGAAUAAUCUUGGAUAAUAAUAAAUCUUCAUUUCGUCAGAAGGCAGAUUCAAAAAAGCAGGUCAUUGGUCAUCAUUAAGAGAUGUUUGAGAAACAACCCUACGAUAGUCCCCCGAUGUACACUCCCCCUUCCAAUGGCUUUGGACCUCCGGGGAGCUUCCAAGACCCACGGAGUGAAUUUGAUCCCUACCCUCCACCUCCAGGAUCCUACUAUAUUGGCGAGGAGGUACCACAGCAUUUCUACAAGUGGUUCUCCCCUCCGGGAAUUGUGAAGAUUAUGAUAGGGACAGUUAUAAUCCUGUGUCUAGGAAUCUUCGCCUGCGUGGCCUCGACUCUGGUUUGGGACAUGCAGUACGGAUUAGGUUACGGAUCAGGAUAUUCAAGCUAUCCUGGAUAUGGAAGUGGGUACGGAGUUGGCAGUGGGUAUGGAUACGGAAGCUACGGAUACGGGGGAGGUGGAUAUGGUUACGGAGGCUACUACAAUUCUUACCCGACCCCUUACUCGGCAAAGACCAGCAUGAUCGCCAUCGCUGCCAUAAACUUCAUCAUCGCUUUGGGAUUCUUUGCAGCCAGCUUCUCCAAAACAAACACGUUCCGCAGCAGGAAGUUCUACCUGGCGGUGCUUAUUGUCAGUUCCAUAAUGGCAGUGAUUCAGGGCAUUAUAAACAUUGUGUACAUUGUAGGAGUGAACCCUAUGGCCCAAAGCUCCACCAGCUCAUACUACAACCCCAUGAUUAUGAUGUGUCAGAACCUCUACGGCAGCAGUGUGACAGGAAUGGGGGCCGGUUUUCCUGUCUAUAACCAGUACUUGUACCACUACUGCUACGUGGACCCUCAGGAGGCAGUUGCAAUGGUUUGUGGGUUCAUGGUCGUGGUGGCACUGGCUGUGGCAGCCUUCUUCUCCUAUAGGACCAGAAGUAAAAUCUGGCGCUACGGGAAGCCAAACAUCUACUGGGAUCGACCACUGAUGGGAGGAACUGAGGGCAGAGAUGUGGAGGAUUGGGUCAACCAUGUACAGGAUGGACAGAGCAUGCAGGAGGCAUCCAUGGUGUUUUCAGAGAAGAUGGCUCCUGUUCUGGCUUCUGCCCCCAGUGUCGGCUCCAUCCCUCCAAAAAUUGGCAGUGUCUUUAGCUCUGAUACCAACAAUAUUGUCAGUAGUAACAGUUACCCGGAGCGCUCUUUCAGCCGCCCAUCUCACUCUACAUCCCCAUCUGGAGAAGUGAGCUCCAGCCCCUCAGACCAGACGGACACCAUCCGCAAACCGUCCGCCUCCAGGGGCAAGAGACGCAGGAGGAACCCUGAGCUGGACGAGUCCCAGUAUGAAACUGAGUACACGACGGGAGGAGAGACCGCCAACGAUUUUGAUGAGGAUCUGUGGGCACGUCUGUAUCCAGAGAUCACAUCUGAUUCCCAGCGACACGAGUAUAAGAAAGAAUUUGACUCGGACCUCAGGUUCUAUAAGGAACUGUGUGCUGAAAUGGAUGACAUCAACGAUCAGAUAAACAAGCUCAGCAGAGAGCUGGACACACUUGAUGAGGGAACGUCCAAGUACCAGGCUGUAGCAGAAGAAUAUAAUCGUCUGAAAGACCUAAAACGGAUGCCAGAUUAUCAAAACAAGAAGCACCAGUGUCGCAAACUACGCCACAAGCUUUUCCAUAUUAAACGAAUGGUUAAGAUCUAUGACCGUGGUCAGUAAUGAGCUCCGUCAAACCACCACACCUGCACUCCUUGUUCAACAUUUUUGCAUUUAACUAAUCAUGGUCAGCCAUGACGAAGCCUUCAAAUGACUGAGUGACCAAAGUUGCCCAAAUCCUAAACUGCUGUAACAUUGGCUUCACCCGGUGCUUAUGAUUAACCUGAGCCCUAAAGAUGGUUGCCUUGGAAACGAGGACCAGGGAUUCCAAAACCGGUCCUUUCAAAGUCUUUCCAUUACCUGGAACAUGUUCUUUCACUGGAAACGUCUGCUUUACUCAGAGUUAGUGACUACAUAUAGCCUGUAAAAUGCCAUAAAGCAUUAAACUGUUGUCAUUCUGUUGUUUUUGUGUGAUUUGGGUGUGGUUGUGAGUUCUAACCUCAAGGUCAGCUGAUUACAGCGGUGCAUGUGUUUGUUGGAGAAAAUGUACUUUGGACAAUCCUCUCCGACAGAAUAAUUUGCAGCUGCAUUGACAUCUAUGCAGUCAGUUUCCUUGUGUAUGACUGUAAGUGAGUUGUGUGUUUAUUGUGUAUGCCAGUAAUUGUCAAGGUGUAACUGUGGGUCACUGAUUGUUUUCAUGUCAGAAACCAUAAGAGUCCUCAUUUCCGAGGUGCCAGAACAGUUCCCAAUAACAACUGAGAGAUUUAAACUUGUACACCAUUACAAAAUAUUCUCUUUUCAUUUUUUUAAGCAACUUACUGCCUCAGUGAAAGAAGAAAAUAAUAAUUGCAAUUUUAAAUCACAAAGAGAAACUGAAAUUUUAUAUUCAGUUGUGUUUAAAAAAAAAAAAAAAACGAAAAAAAAAAACGGUGCCAGUGGUGCACCAUGCAAAUAUGCAAGAAUUAUGUUCAUGUAGUUCUAGAUGUUUAUGUUGUGUUUGAUUCACUUGGAAAUAUUGUGAUCUUCACAUUAUUUGAAACAAUAAUAGCUGCUUAUUAACUAAUCAACUAUCUAUGCAAGAUUAAAUACUGAAGUUCCAUUUGUUUUGUUAUGUUGUUAUGGACAUCAAAUAAGAUUUACCCUUUUGUACGAAAACUGUUAAUGAGAUGAUGUUUUUUUGUUUUUCUCAUGUGCAUAACAGCAUUUAUGUUCAUCUACAUAUUUGUUGUCCUUUCUAUUUUCAAUAAAGUUUUGUAUUUUAA